CCGAAAAAUCAACAAACGGUUCAUCGAUAAGUGAAAAUGUGACGAAAUUUCAACAAAAAUCUUGAAAAUCAACGAAAUUUUCUAUAAAAACAUAAAAAUUUAGUUCCAUCUCUGUCAAAAAUGUCAAAUUUCAUAAUCAAAACAACCGAAAAGUGACUUCUUACCUUUAAAAUCCCCACAAAAAAAUGACUUCUCGUCUUCGGAAGCCUUGGCGAGAGGCUGCAACCUUAAUAAUCGCCGCCAAAUCCCACAAAAUAUCAACAAAUGGCUUCGAUUAUCGCAUUCUCUGCAUGAAACGAUCGGAAAAAACUUCCUUUCUCAACAACCACAUUUGUUAUCCGGGCGGUUCGACAGAGGAACAGGAUCAAGCAAGUGGCUGGAUUGAACAUUUUCACAAACAUGGCAUCAAUUUGCGGGAUUUAAAUAAAUUGACGCUCGACUAUCAUCGCCAAAAACGGGGAAACGCUCUAAUUUUUCACGAUAACGACGAUUCGGGUCAAGGUCAGUUACUUUCAAAGGCGAUAAGUUUACGAAUCGGCGCCAUUCGUGAAGCUUUCGAAGAACUUGGAGUCCUUUUGUGUCGAUCAACGGCUUCUACUUCGAGAAAAUCAUCGAAUUUCCUUCGAACGAACGACAUUUUGAAGUUUCAGCAACAAGUACACGAUCAUGAAAUGACCUUUUUGCAACUUUGUCAGCAGCUGAAUGUCGUUCCCGAUGUCUUUAGUUUGUUCGAGUGGUCUUGCUGGUUGACGCCAACGACUUUUCCUUCGAGGAGAUUUCUCACGGCGUUCUUUUUGUGCACAAUUAACGAACAAUUGCCGAUUUUUCCCGAGCCUAAAGAGGCUUUUAGCUAUUUUUGGCGCACUCCGGAGGAAUAUAUCCAACUUUUGCAUCAAAAUGAGGUUUGGUAUCAUCCGCCGCAGUAUUACGAGUUUUGUAGAUUGGCGAAUUUUAAGGAAAUUGAAGAACUACAAAAUUUUCUGGUAACCAGAGAGGAGCAAGGAAGUGUCUUGAUGAUGCCAAUUGUGACAAAAUGUGAGGAUGGAAUGUGUUUCAUCUUUCCCGGCGACGAAAAAUAUCCAAAAAUGCCGAAAUUGAUAGCUGAAAAUACAGAAGCAGAACGUUUUGAAGGAAAUUUAGAAGAAUUUCGAGAAAAAAGUAGAAUUUUGAACAGAUUUGAGAUUAAAUCGCCAUCCGAAGUAGAGUUGCAUUCCAAUUGUGAUCCAAUUAAUGGGCAUAAACGACCAAUUACGACAUUUGACUUCCUUGAAAAGGCUGGCGAAGAUAAUUUACGUACGAAACUUUGACGAAAAAAAUUAAUUUUAAGACAAAAAGUGCAAUUUUUACAGGAAUUAUUGGGUAAAAACGGGUUAAAAAGUUAUUUUUUAAAAAUAUUUUAAUA